AUGGGUCUCUUAGCCUUGGGCACCGCCCUUGAUUGGCCGGAUGCUCAGAAGCAUGCGCAGCAAGUGAGAGAAUGGGGUAUCAAGCAACUCCUUGAGAUUUGGAACAAGGCAAAGCAUAAGGAACGCGACGCAAUGCUAUGGGGUGAUGAGGUGGAGUACCUGGUGGUGACAUACUCUAAAGACGACCCAAAGGUUCUCCUGUCGCUCCGGCAAGCCGAUAUUCUCACCGCUUUGGCCGCAGAUGAGGAACUUUCCACCCAGGGUGGAUGCGUUCCCGCACUUCAGGAGCUCAAGUCUCAGAGUUCAAACCCCCUGCCGGUGUUCCACCCCGAGUUUGGUAGGUUCAUGCUCGAGGCUACGCCAGGUAAACCAUGGGGUAUUGACUUGAAGGAGCUCCUAGAAGUCGAGCCUGAUAUGAAGAUCAGGAGGAAGAUUGCCAAAGACCAUAUGAAGUCUGAAGAAUACCCCAUCACAUUGACGACCUUCCCUCGGCUUGGAGUCCCAGGGGUCUUCACAGACCCAUACUAUCCCCCGUCAGGAUCGAAACUCCGAUCUCAGUUCGUUCCAGAUGAGAUCGCUAACCCUCAUAUCCGAUUCCCUACACUCGCGGCCAACAUCCGCUGGCGACGUGGCAGGAAGGUCCAAGUCAAUGUGCCGGUGUACCAUGAUGAGAAUACGCCAAACCCAUGGAAGGACCCUAGUGUCAAUUACGAUCUUGACAAGUGGCCAGAAGACGCCGACGUGAGGAAUGGCGCGGCACCUGAUAACUUCAUCCACAUGGAUGCGAUGGCAUUUGGCAUGGGCAGCUGCUGCUUGCAGAUUACCUUCCAAGCCAAGAACAUUACUGAGGGCAGGAAGAUGUACGACCAGCUGAGUCCACUAGGGCCCAUCAUGUUGGCUUUGACAGCGGCGACACCUAUUUACAAAGGUUUCCUGGCUGACACGGAUGUACGCUGGAAUCAGAUCAGUCGUGCUGUCGAUGAUCGUACCCCUGAAGAACUAGGGGAGAAGGCCCUGAAAGGUAGCCGCUGGCGCAUCCCCAAGUCCCGCUACGCUUCAAAUUCAACCUACAUCAGUACGGAUCCGCGUCUUCGACCAGAGUAUUUUGACCCCGACCUUAUCAUCGACGAGUCUAUCAAGGCACAGCUUCUCCAGGGUGGUAUGGACGACCUUCUGGCAACGCACUUCGCCCACUUAUUCAUCCGGGACCCUAUCGUCAUCUUCAAUGAAGAUCUCAAGGAGCUCGACAUAACGAAAGCCGACCACUUCGAGAACAUCCAAAGCACCAAUUGGCAACACAUGCGGUUCAAGCCCCCGCCGCCAGGCUCCGAUAUAGGGUGGCGUGUGGAGUUCAGACCCAUGGAGAUUCAGAUCACGGACUUCGAAAAUGCUGCGUUUGCCGUGUUCAUGGUACUGAUCACGCGAGCAAUAUUGAGUUUCGACCUGAACUUCUACAUACCCAUUGUCAAGGUCGACGAAAACAUGGAAACUGCGCAUGCGAGAGAUGCUGUACUUGAUAAGAAAUUCUAUUUCCGCAAGAAUCCCUUCUCCAACAGGCCACCCCGAAGCGCUCAUGCGUCGGGCACAAACACGCCCAUGGUCAGUCGUCCGCCGAGCCCUACGGGCCCUGUCGAAGACGAGUACGUGCUCAUGAGCGUGGACGAGGUCAUAAAUGGGUCCAAAUCCGACGAACAUGAGUUCCCUGGUCUCAUCCCCAUCGUGGAGAGCUACCUCGACUCUGUCAACGUGGAUGUACAGACGAGAUGUGAAAUCGCAACCUACCUUGAUCUGAUCCGGAAGCGCGCCAGUGGACAGCUCUGGACGGCCGCGAAAUGGAUCAGGCAGUUUGUGGCCAAACACCCGGCCUACAAACACGACAGUGACGUUAACGACGCGGUCACGAAAGGUCUCAUUGGCACAGUCAUAGACAUCAGCGAUCGGGAGCAGCUGGGCAAGGGUUGGAAGGGUCUCGAUGUCCCUGACCUGGAGAACCUUCUUGGGCAGUUCAGAGGAGGUUGUGGAGGAGGCUCUGCUGCGUAA